UACAUAUUGUGUUAUGGUGGUCAUUUCAAAACUUGGAUUUUAUAAACGCGCGAAAGGAAAAAUAAAUAUCUCACCUUGCUGAGCAUCAAUUUGUAAAUUAAUGACAUGUUUUCAUUUUGUUAGAUCAAAUAUUCUGUACUUAUUGUAAAAUAUUUGAUGUUGUUGAUUAUGGUAUCGUUUUAUCGCGUAUUAAUCCGCACGGUUCGGCAAGUUUGGCUAAUCGCCACAGGGUGUUGGGAGGUGUGAUCAAUUAAGGUCUUUUGUUUUGUUGUCAUUAGGUCUGUUGACGGGUAAAUAGCAUGUGUUGAUAAUUAUUGGUAAGAAGGAUAUUAAUUUCAUUAUAAUCGUAAAUAAAUCAAAAUUAUGGCGACACCAAGGAUAGGAACCAAAGGGAAGCGUAUGUUACCGAAUAUUCCACAGGUUAAUUUUAAUUCUGAAACAAUUGAGACUUCAAUAGGAGGAACUCAAACACCAGGCAGGCUGAAAGGUGAUCCUUUAAGCCCAAUGAAUAGGUUGAGCAGUGACGAGACUUCUUUGAGGUCGGAAAAUUCAACUUCACCUCUUUUGGAUGAAAGUGGGUGUGAACGAAGUUCCAAUGGUUUUGAAAAAGUGACCCCACUGCGUGUUAACUCGUUAGUGGAUACAAGUAAAUCAAAUGGAAAUGUAUCCGUUGCGAUUUCUGUAACAUCCAAUAAUGAAUCUGACAAGGAAAAUUUCCCUAACAGCCCGAGGGAUUCAGGAGAUUUGAUUAUAGAACGGACACCAGUGAAGGGAAAUUUUCAUUUGAUAAGUAAUGGAAAUGAAGAUAUAGCUUCCGUAAAACUUUAUACUCCAAGUCCUAAUAUGAGGGUGAGACAUACAUCUUCAAUGCGUAGACAUACACUUGAUGAAAAAUUGUUAGGAACUCCUGAGUGUUAUACAGUUGUUCAUUUGGAUAAGAAUAGAUAUGAUUUCGGAUACUCUGAUGCAAGAACAGAUGAUGGGGAAGAUAGUUGUAGCGUAACUGUUGCUGUAAGAGUGCGACCAUUCAGCCAAAGGGAAAUAUCAGAUCCCAAUGUUCGGAAUGUUGUUACCAUCUGCGGUAAUGAGACCAAAGUAAAGGCGGACAGUGGUUUCGAGCACAGAUUUGCGUAUGAUUUCUCAUUUUCAUCGUUUGAUGUCAACGACCCAUACUAUGUUUGCCAGGAGAAGGUAUAUCGAUCCCUCGCUCAGCCACUUCUCGGAAAAGCAUUUGAAGGUUAUAAUACAUGCCUGUUUGCAUAUGGUCAGACGGGAUCUGGUAAAAGCUAUUGUAUAAUGGGACAUGGGGAAGAUACUGGUAUUAUACCAAGAUUUUGUGAGGAACUGUUUUCACGUGCAGAUGUGGCACGUGGUCUUGAUAAAGUGAAGUUACAUGUAGAAAUCAGCUUCUUUGAAAUAUACAAUGAGAAAAUUCAUGAUCUUCUGGCUUCAUCAAACAAAGAGAAAAAAGUCAAGAAAGCUACAUUAAGGGUGAGAGAGCAUCCUACAUUGGGACCAUAUGUUGAGGGUCUGUCUACAUUUGUUGUCAACUCCUUCGAUGAUGUUAAAGGAUGGAUCACCCUCGGUAACAAGAACAGAGCCACAGCGGCCACUGGAAUGAAUGAUAAAAGUAGUAGAUCUCAUUCUGUGUUCACCAUAGUCCUUACUCAAACAAAGACAGAUAUUUUAGAAGGUCAGGAGCAUGAUCAUUCUAUCACCAGUAAGAUAAACUUGGUUGAUCUGGCUGGUAGUGAGAGACAGUCACAUGCUCAAACCUCCGGCGAGAGACUCAGGGAAGGUGCUAAUAUAAAUAAAUCCCUACUUACAUUGGGAAAAGUUAUCUCUCAGCUAGCAGAACAAUCCAGUCAGACAAACAAGAGGAAGAAGAUAUUUAUACCAUAUCGUGACUCUGUACUUACUUGGUUAUUGAAAGAAAGUUUAGGUGGAAAUUCUAAGACGGCGAUGAUUGCUACCAUCUCUCCAGCCAAUCAUCAUACAGACGAGACUUUAAGUACCCUGAGAUACGCCCAGACUGCACGGUCUAUUGUCAACAUUGCACGUGUAAAUGAGGACCCGAAAGCCAAACUUAUCAGAGAGUUGCGAGCUGAGAUAGAGAGGUUACGAGCAUCAGGUUUGUCUGGAAAUGAAGAUGUGACCAGUGCUUGCAUGUUAGAGAUAGUAACACUGAAAGAUAAGUUAAGACAGAAAGAAACUGAAAUGGAGGAAAUUACAAAAUCAUGGCAAGAACGUCUUAGAUUAUCCGAGGAGAGAAAACUUGAAGAGGCUAAACAAUUAGAGAAAGCUGGUGUAACAUUGAAGGUUGACAAUAAGCUACCUAAUCUCGUUAACUUGAAUGAGGACCCUCAACUCUCUGAGAUGUUACUGUAUAACAUAAAAGAGGGUGUAACUAAGGUGGGCAGGAUGGGACAGAAUUCUAAACACGACAUACAACUUAAUGGAGCUCUCAUUGCAGACAAUCACUGUAUAAUCAACAAUAUAGACACUGCUGUAACAAUAACCCCAAUAGGAGAUGCUCCGACAUAUGUGAAUGGAAACCUUAUUUCAGAACCAGCCACACUUCAUCAUGGUGAUAGAGUGAUAUUAGGGGGAGAUCAUUACUUCAGGUUUAAUCAUCCAAUAGAGGUACAGCAAUAUAAGAAAAACAAGACAUCAUCUCAGAAUGUAGAAAUUAAAGAUUUUGACUAUGCCCAAGCGGAAUUAAUGAGAGUACAGGAGGCUAGAUUACAAGAAGCUCGACAGAGAGCACAGGAGGAAAUGUUAGAGGAAGUGGAAAAAGCCAAGAAAGAUGCUGAAAAAGAUGCUGAAUCAAAACUUGCUGACCUUGAAAAACUAAUGCGUGAAGAGAAUGCUGAGAAAGUUAAGGAACAUGAAGAUGUCAUUCAUAAGUUAAAGAAACAAAAAAUGAUGUUAGAGCAAGAGGUGAUAGCAGGAAGAAAAAGACAACAGCUGGAAGCGGAAGCUGCCACCAAGGCAUCGAAUCAACUUGUUUCCGAGAGGUCAAAGAUUAUAGAAAUGUUACAAGCCCAGAAAGAGAAGGAAGCACAGAAACUUGAGGAACUGAAACAAAGAUGGAAGGAAUAUACGAGAGGGAAACAAGUUAAAAGUCCAACACCUAACAUAGUAGAAGUGUCGGCAGGAAAGACAGAUUUAUAUAAAAUAGCUUUACAAGUAAGAGAGGCCAACAAAAUAAGCCAGUAUUUGAAGAAAAACACAGUGUUCACAAGAGAAGACUUCCUAGAUGGUGAGGAGGUGAAGACAGUUAUUAAAGUAAACAAUACUAAAUUAAAUGUAUGUACACACUGGUCACUGAGCAAGUUUGAGGAGAAGCUCAUGCAAAUGAGGGACAUUUAUCAGAAUGACUCAGAGAGUACAGACGAAGAUGAAGUUUUUAAUGACCCAGAAGAUCAGUGGGGAAAAGAUUCCACCAGUAUGUCUCCCCGCUCACCCAAAAAUGGACAGAGACAUUCAGUUCCGUCACCCAGUCUGAGACAAGCCUUACUGUCCAGUAUUUCCAGUGUAAACAGCAGUCUGUUCAGGAAAGAUUCACUAAUUAAGGGGGAUACUUGUGCCAAAUGUUCUGGACCUGGAGUUGCUUCCCUUUGUAAAGAUAUUUUGAAUGUUACUUUGAGUACAAUUAAAUCAUCUACAAUGGAAGAAAGUAUUGCAGACAAGAUUCUUCACAGUUGUCAAAGUUUGAAUGCAAGUCUUCACCAGACAUCUAACCUUCCCGUUUCCAGGGAAACCAACAACAAUCAGGCCAGUCGUACAGACCUGCUACAGCUUAUAUGUAUACAGAUGACUAACAGCUUUCAUGUUUUAUUGAACAAUACAACACUGUGGGCAUCGAUGUAUCAAUCUCUACAGUCAGCACUUAUUCAGGACCUGCUGCAGAGAAUAGGGGAUCAAGUGAAAAAUAUGGGUGGACAUAUUGUCAGGUUUAUGCAGGGAUGUGAAGGUGAUAUAGACAGCCUGAUCGAGGAAUCUACAUCACGACUGUCAGACAGUAUACACCAUGUGUGUAAGCUGGCGGGGGAGCUGGCACUAGCAACCGACACUCCCAUGCUUUACUUUGAUGAUAACUCUAGUCAGACAGGCAAAGAUGGCCAGGUUACAACAGAGGUGAGCCAGUCAUUUUUCAGUGGCUGUGAAACAUUCAUAGACAAAACUCUACAAGGUGCAUUACGAACUGUUGAUGACUUUGAAACCAAAGCUCAAAUGCUAACAGAUGCAGGGCUAUCAAAUAUGGCACUGGGAGAUGUUCCACAGAAUGUAGAGAUAUGUGUAACAACUUGCAAGGAUCUGUUACUGAAAUGUCAAAAACUACAGGUAGAGGUAGACAUGAGUAAUUUAGAGCAAUCUUUCCACGGAUCUCUACAAUAUUGCACAGGUAGUUAUCGUCGCUGUGAGGCAUUGAUCUCCCAUGUAAGUGCACUUGUAGAAGGUGUUGGCAUGCUGGUACAAAAUGCUGAACCUAUUAUAGAAGGACGUGACUUUGAUAUCAGGAAACUGAUAAAAUGUGCUGAAAUGAUACGUAAAUACUCUGUCAGUGUAACUGAAGUAACAACACGCGAUGUCAGGAAAACAUCGACUACAAAGGGAGAUAAUUCAAACGAUGAGCAGUCACCAUCGCUAUCUGACACAGUUGUAGAACAGUUGCAAUUUACCGCGGAGGAUGUACAGCAAUCUAUAAACAGCUUAGUUGACAGCGUACAAAAAGUGAUAGAACUAGAUCGAGCGUCAGGUCUCUCGACACCGCGUAGUAAACGUUUAUUACCAUCACCGGGAAGUGUUCCUGCUAGAAAUAUAUCUAAAGCCCAGUCUGAUGAUAGCUGAUUACUGAAUAGCUGAAGUCAGUUUAGCUAUGCUCUAUAUCAAAAUUGUAUUUAUGGUGCUAUUAGUUAUCAAUGCUUUCUUUAUUUUAAAAAAUAUUAAAGGCUUUUUUCAUAGCUUGCAGCAUUGUUUAAACAUUCAGAUUGCAUUGUUUAAGCAUUAUUAUGCUACUGCACUUGACACAAUGUAAAGCUAUUUGUCUUUCAGUUUUUUACCUGUACUAUAUCAAACUCUCUUUAUUAACAUUUAACCUGCUGAAUGUAUGUAAUGGGCCCAGCGUUGAAUUUUGGAAGACAAUUGUAAGUUAAACGGAUUUCAAACCUCAAUUACAAAAAAUAAGCUAUCAACAAUAUAGAGCUUGGUCAUACUGCAUGUUUGUGCAAGCUGGCCUUGAUGUGCCUAGGUGUGCAAGCGCUGGCCUGGGUGUGCAAGCCUUUCUGGAUUGGCCUGGAUGUGCAAGCUUUUCUGGAUUGGCCUGGGUGUGCAAACGCUGGCCUUGGUGUGCAAGCUUGUCAGUAUUUGCCUGGUUGUGCAAGCACUAGCCUGGGUGUACGUGUUGGUCUGGGUGUGCAAGCUGGCCUGGCUCUAUAUUGCUGUCAAAAGCUAAUAUAUUUUGGUUUUAGCAGGUAUAGAGUAAACAAUGAAUGUUGAAACUUAAUUCCCCAAAUUAUUGUUUAGUGACUGUUAGAUGUAAAAAGUUUUUGGUUGACAUAUAAAGAUAAAGAAAUGACUGGGUUUUUUUUAAAUACUUUUUUGUCUUUAAAGAUAACCCUUCAGUAUUGUACUCAAUAUUUUCUUUUGGGUGUUUCAGCUGUAUCUUUUAAACUUUACAUAUUUUAGAAUUGUUAAUUUUGAUUUUUCUCAAAAAGCAUGUUUUGAAUGUAAUGUGCUUGGAAUUUCCAUGUAAAGUCGAAGCAUUUACUUGGAAUGCAUUGUUUGUUUUGUAUAUACCAUGUAAUAUAGAUAUGUUUAAUUUAUAGUCAAAGAGCUUCCCACUGCCUUUUUUCUUUUAGAAAAAAGAAAGGUAUUUUAUGUUUGUUAGAUUAGAUGUAAGCUGUCUUGUAAAUAUGAUUCUGAUUGGUCAAUUUCAAAUAAAGCAGCUACUUUGUUUAUUUCAUUUAAGCAACAUUUAGACUGAUAUCAAUCGUGAUAACAAUUGUUGAGUUUGAGUUUUUGUAUAUAAACAGAUACAUAUUUAUUAACUUGUGUGUUGAGAUGGCUUUGGCCAAGCAGUUAAAGCUGUUGACCUCAAAUCAAUUGCCCCUUAUGACUUUUGGUUUGAAUCCCUAUCAGGAACUUUUGGAUUCUUUCAUUUAAUGUUACUAUCCAGCUAGCUUAUUCUACUAAAAUGCCCACUCUUGCAUGAUACAAUUAUAUUUUAUCUUAUAUGUUCUUGAAAUUUCAUUUCUUGACCAAAAUGAAUUUACAUACAUGUCAAGUUGUCUUUGUCUUGUACAGUUUCUUAAAUGAAAUUUUUUUGAAUUUUGUUUGUUUUGCAUGUAUAAGAUCAGUAAGUUUAAGUAUGAUAAUAUAGCUUACGUAUGACAUGCCAUAGUCAUAUUGGUGAGCAUAUCAGAAUUAAAGCCGCACACCUCAAAAAUAGUUUAAAUUUUUGUGAACAUCACAAAAGUAGCUCUUAUUAAUAAUUUUCAUUAUAAAGAUUUUGUCAUAUCUACUAUGGUUAAAGUGAUGUGAUCCAGUUAAAAACAUAUACUUACAGUUAAAAAAUUCUGGAAGAAGUUUGGCCAAAAAAUGGUAUUCACUGGUCUCAUGGGAGAUAUAUUCCCCUUAUGCCCAUUGUUUUAUGGGUCUGGGUUGGAUAAUUUAUAUCUGAUGUCAAAGUUUGUGGCUUUAAAAUGUCAAAGUGGAGCUGUAAGUUAAACAUGGAUGCUCCUGCAUCAGGAGUAAGCAAGAAUUAGCUCCCCUGAAUGUACUGUUCAGAUUUUGUUUAUAUUGGCUGUGUAGCAUUUUUGUAUGCCAGUAAUUUUAAUUUUUUCAUUUUAUACGAAUUUUUAAGAGCUAAGAACUCGGACUUAAAACAAGAAAAGUAAGUUUUUUUGGCCUGUACCGUCUUUUCUUUUAUUGAUAAGGCUUACAAGUAAAGUUGGCUAGCCCAUAUUUUUGGUUGCUAUAGCUAAAAAUAGAUUUGCCUUUUUAUACAUAAAGUUCUCCAAAAUCUCUUGUUAAAGGGCAAUUAAAGCUUUCAGUAUUGAAUAUCAUUUUAAAAUAUAUGAUAAAGGGCAUGAUUAAAAAAACACACAAGUUUUUAACAAGAUAGAGGUAAAAAUUUGAGAAAAAAGUAAAUAUUUGAAUAACUUUGGUAGCACUGCAACAUCUUCUUGAUGUGUAAACUAAAGUUGAGAUGGAACUCUUCUUUCAGUAAGGUUGGUUAUUCAAUUACCUAUUGCUUCUUUAUCAGUUGUUUAGAAUAACUUAAAUAGUAAAAGACAAAAGUAAAAAAAAUACCCAAAAACUUUUUAUAAUUCAAUAAUAAAAGAUUGACACAUGUAGUUUUGUUUCUAAACAAUAUUCAUAGAUAAUAAGAUUUCAUAACUACGGUAAUAUUUCUGUCUUAUUUUUGUAAUGUACAAAUGCAGUGCAAUAAUUUUGUAUGCUUUAUUGUAUUUAUGAAUCUAUUAAAAUAAUAUUUAAUUA